CAAAAACGCUUCAAAAUAAAUAAAAUUAAGUUUACCUUUGCAAAACUGAGUUAAGUAUGGAACAGGUUUGCCGUGCCUGCACGAACACCUCUGUCAACCUUAUCGAUAUAUUUGACGAGCACCACCAGCAGGAGGAAGAACCGAGCCUGGCAGAGAUGUUGAACGAGUGCGUCGCUUCUCAAAUAAACCGUGAUGAUCAAUUUCCCAAGCAGAUUUGUCUGUCCUGCGUUCUUGAUGCUCAAAAUGCAUUUAGAUUCAAGCGCAGAUGCAAAGAGAGCCAUCAAUUCUUUUGCCAGCUGCUUGAGGAAUCGGAGAAAGCAGAAGAUUAUUCCGAGCACUGGCCAAUUGCGGAAUGUGGCAUAAAAGCACAACCUAAGGAAAUGGAAGACAUUCCGCAAGCAGAAGUAAAUUAUGCUGUUCGUGAUGAAGAUCCCAGAUGCAGAAGCGGGUCAAGUGGUGAACUGACUUCUUCAGAGCAGAAGAGACAUCUGUGUGACUCCUGUGGCAAGGUGUUUCUUCGCAGCGCACAUCUUAAAAGACAUAUCCUCGUGCAUUCUGGUGAACGUCCAUACAACUGUCCCCACUGUUCGAAAGCUUUUGCCCAGCGCAAAAGUCUGGAGGAUCACGUCCGUCUUCAUAAAGGGGAGCAUCCAUAUAAAUGUCGUCAAUGUCCAAGAGCCUUUAAUAACCGCUCGAAUCUGCAGUCACAUGAACGCAUUCAUUCUGGCGAACGUCCCUUCAAGUGUCCGCACUGCCCGAAGGCCUUUAUCCAGAGUGGCUGCCUCCAGACGCAUUUACGGGUGCACACCGGCGAAAGACCCUACAAGUGUCCCCACUGCCCAAAGGACUUUAUCAAUAAUGCUAGUCUUCAUAAUCACAGUCGUAUUCACACAGGCGAGCGGCCACACAAGUGCCCACAGUGUCCGAAGGCUUUUUCCCGCAAGGAAACGCUACAAAAUCACAUCUUACUGCAUUCUGGCCAUCGUCCCUACAAAUGUGCACACUGUCCAAAGGACUUUUACAUUCGUGGAAGUCUGUUAAGGCACAACAGAGUUCAUUCUCCUAAAAUCUUAUCAGCUUAAAGAAAAUCAUUCUUUCUGUGUUGCAUAAAAUAAAUAACUUCUUAAAUUCAAUUAGAAUUGCGCGCCAUGUAUUAAAAGAUAUAAAUAUAUCGCAAGCGCUGACAACCCUAGCAUUUCGAUUUGUAAAGUAACGAUAACAGUAACGAUUAACUCGUUGCAUGCGGUUUUUAAAAGUGGCGAGCGUGCAAAUUUAUCUGUUUAACAAUUGUUUAAUAAAAUAAUAAUGUACAGAACCAGAUUAAGUAAAGGUGAUAAUGGCAAAAUUAAAA